AUGAAGGUCGCUGCGCUUGGGCUUCUCACCCUGACCGGCAACACCCUGGCUUAUCCCACGACCAACGCUGACAACUCAUCGCCACGCGAACGUCUCAGCAUAAACACGGGCUGGAAGUUCCAGCGCUUCACCACCAGCCCAGACGGCCUGUCCUACAACGGCACUCUCAAGCCAUGGAUCCUGCCGUCGGCCAAUGACAUGCUGGUCGACGCGCCCAAGUACGUGCGACCCGAGGGCACACCGCCCGGGGCCGACGUCCCGUAUGUGCAGGGCUCCUUUGACGACGCCAGCUGGGAGACGGUCAAUGUGCCGCACGACUGGGCCAUCAAGGGCCCCUUCGGCGCGCCGGGCAUCAGCGGAGGAAUGGGCAGGCUGCCCUCCGAUGGCAUUGGGUGGUACCGCCGCACCAUCGCCAUCGACGCUGCCGACGAGGGCAAGAACAUCUAUCUCGACAUCGACGGCGCCAUGUCGUACUCGGCCGUCUGGCUCAACGGCGUCCUGGUGGGCGGCUGGCCGUACGGGUAUACCUCGUUCCGGCUUGACCUGACCCCAUACGUCAAGGUGGGCGAGGACAACAUUCUCGCCAUCCGCCUGGACAACCCUGUCGAGUUUUCGCGCUGGUAUCCCGGCGCAGGCCUGUAUCGAAACGUCUGGCUCGUCAAGACCAGCCCUGUCCAUGUGGGCCACUAUGGCUCCCGCGUGCGCACACCAGCCGUCUCAGCCGAGGCCGCCACUGUCGAACUCGCGAUCGAUAUUGUCAACGCCGGCAAGGACGAACAGCAAGUCACCGCCGUCACCGAAGUCCGCGCCGUGGGCAGCCAGGACGUCGUCGCCACGUUCCCAUCCACAUCCGACACUGUCGCAGCCGGCGAGAAGCAGACUGUGAAUGCCUCGGUGACUAUCCUCACUCCUCAGCUCUGGGGUCCGCCGCCGGAGCAGACGCCCAACCUCUAUGAAGCCACCACCACUCUCACGGGUUCCGACGGCCAGGUCCUCGACACUUACACCACCCGCUUCGGCAUCCGCUCCAUCGUGUAUGAUGCAAACCAGGGGCUGCUCGUGAACGGGGCCCGCGUAUACCUGAAGGGCACCUGCAACCAUCAUGACCAGGGCGCCCUCGGCGCCGCGUUCCACGUAGCUGCCGCCCGCCGCCACCUCACGACUCUGCAAGAGAUGGGCUCCAACGCCCUGCGCACGACACACAACCCGCCCGCCCCAGAGUUUCUAGAGCUAGCCGACGAGCUAGGCUUCCUGGUCCUGGACGAGGCCUUCGACAUGUGGCGGCAGGCCAAGGUCGACAACGACUACCACCUGGUGUUUGACGACUGGCACGAGGCCGACCUGCGCUCGCUACUGCGCAGGGACGGCAACCACCCUUCUGUCUACGAGUGGAGCAUCGGCAACGAGAUCCCCGAGCAGCGCACAGCGGCCGGGGCGGCGACUGGCAAGAUCCUCGUCGACAUUGUGCGCAGCGAGGACCCGACGCGCCCGGCGACCUGCGCCUUCAACAGCGCCGGGCCCAGCGACGCGCUGCCCGGAGUCGUCGACAACGUGGGCCUCAACUACCAGGGCGAAGGGCGCGGCGACUCGUUCUCCUCGCCCUACCCUACCUUCCACUCACUGUACCCGGGCAAGAUGAUCUACUCGUCCGAGACCUCGUCGGCGCUCUCGACGCGCGGCGAGUACAUCUUCCCCGUGGUGUCCAACAUGUCGGCCAUCGUGGCCAACGGGCGCGGCGCCAACUUCAGCGCCCUGACGGUCUCCGACUACGGCCUGUACGGCCCCAGCUGGGGCUCGAGCCCGGACAAGGUCUUCUUCGUGCAGGACCGGUACCAGCCCUACGCCGCGGGCGAGUACGUGUGGACCGGGUUCGACUACCUGGGCGAGCCGACGCCGUACGACGACUACGCGCUCGCGCGCAGCUCGUACUUUGGCAUCGUGGACCUCGCCGGGUUCAAGAAGGACCGCUUCUGGCUGUACCAGGCGCGCUGGAACCCGGACGUCAAGACGGCGCACAUCCUGCCGCACUGGAGUUUCGGCGAGGACCGCGUCGGCAAGGUGACCCCCGUGCACGUCCUCUCGAGCGCCGACGAGGCCGAGCUCUUCGUCAACGGCGCCUCGGCCGGCCGCGUGACCCGGCCCGCGAGCGAGUGGCGCCUGCGGUGGAACAAUGUGACGUACGCGCCGGGCGAGCUCAGAGUCGUCGCGUACAAGGGCGGCAACGUCUGGGCCGAGGAGACGGUGCGCACUGCGAGCGCCCCCGCGGCGCUGCAGGUCUCGGCUGACAGGACCACCAUCGCGGCAGACGGCUAUGACCUGUCGUAUGUCUCUGUGAGCGUGGUGGACGAGCGCGGCGAUGUGGUGCCGACGGCGUCCAAUACGCUUACUUUUGCGGUCGAGGGCGCGGGCGAGAUCGUGGCGACUGACAACGGCAGCCCGAUCGAUCAGACUGUAUUUCCCUCGCUCACGCGCAAGGCGUUCAAUGGCAAGGCAUUGGCCAUUGUCCGGACGCUUGCCGGCCAGACUGGAGAAAUCAAGCUCACGGUCAAGGGAGAUGGGCUGGCUGAAGGUACCAUCGCAUUGACUGCUGCGUAA